CUCUUAUUUCUCGCUGCUAUAGCCCUCUCUAUGCUUAGUCCUUCUUAGUUCUUCUCUUUCCCUUCAUUUGCUCUCCGCCCUUUUAGGCAUGGCUACUUGUUCAGCGGACCUAGCUCCGCUCCUAGGCCCCAACGCCACCGCCGCAGCCGACUACAUAUGCAACAAGUUCAGUGACUCUUCCUUGGCUGUUGACAACACUUACCUCCUCUUCUCGGCCUACCUUGUUUUCUCCAUGCAGCUCGGCUUUGCCAUGCUUUGUGCUGGCUCAGUCCGUGCCAAAAACACCAUGAACAUCAUGCUCACAAACGUCCUUGACGCUGCCACUGGUGGCCUCUUUUACUACCUUUUCGGUUUCGCCUUUGCCUUUGGUUCCCCUUCUAAUGGCUUCAUUGGCCGCCACAACUUUGGCUUAAAAUCGAUUCCUUCCUCUUCCUCUUCCUUGGAUUAUAGCAACUUCCUUUAUCAGUGGGCUUUUGCUAUAGCAGCUGCUGGAAUCACCAGUGGCUCAAUAGCUGAAAGAACCCAAUUUGUUGCUUAUCUUAUAUAUUCAUCUUUCUUAACCGGUUUUGUUUACCCCGUUGUUUCUCAUUGGUUUUGGGCGACUGAUGGUUGGGCAAGUUCUUUCCGAAACGAUGACUUUCUCUUUGAUAGUGGAGUUAUUGACUUUGCCGGGUCCGGGGUUGUUCACAUAGUUGGUGGUGUGGCCGGAUUAUGGGGUGCACUUAUUGAAGGACCAAGAAUUGGCCGCUUCGACCAUUCGGGUAGAUCAGUAGCCUUGCGUGGUCAUAGUGCAACCCUUGUUGUUCUUGGAACUUUCAUGCUUUGGUUCGGUUGGUAUGGGUUCAAUCCUGGUUCAUUCAACAAAAUCUCCCCUUCUUACGCUUCUGGGAACUUUUACGGGCAGUGGAGUGCGGUGGGAAGAACGGCCGUGACAACCACGUUAGCUGGAUGCACGGCGGCGUUGACUACUCUUUUUGGGAAAAGGAUUUUGACUGGUCAUUGGAAUGUGACUGAUGUGUGCAAUGGUUUGCUUGGUGGCUUUGCUGCUAUUACUUCAGGGUGCUCAGUAGUUGAACCCUGGGCUGCUGUUAUAUGUGGGUUCGUGGCUGCUUUAGUGUUGAUCGGAUGCAACAAGUUGGCUGAGAAAGUCAAGUUUGAUGAUCCUUUAGAGGCUGCUCAACUGCACGGUGGAUGUGGUGCUUGGGGCGUGCUUUUCACAGGUUUGUUUGCUACUAAGAAGUAUGUCAGGGAAGUUUACCCCAGCAGCAGGCCGGUCAAGUAUGGGCUGUUCAUGGGAGGUGGAGGGAGGCUCUUCGCUGCUCAGAUUAUCCAGAUUUUGGUUAUCGUUGGGUGGGUGAGUGCUACAAUGGGGACUUUGUUUUAUCUUCUCCAUAAGUUUGGCCUCUUGAGGAUCUCAGCUGAUGAUGAAAUGGCUGGUAUGGACUUGACAAGGCAUGGAGGACUUGCGUACAUAUACCAUGAUGAAGAUGAAUCACAUAAGCAAGGGAUUCAGAUGAGGAAAAUUGAAAGUCAUCCAACUCCUCCUGCAGUCUAAAAAAUAUAUUGUUCUUUUUCAACUUCAAUUUCUUAAUUUUUCCUUUGGGUUAUCCUAGGAGGACUUGAUACCUCUCCUCGCCUUCCUUCCCUUCAGAAAAAAAAAAAAAAAAAAGAUGGCUCCUUUGUUUAAAAAUAUCUUUCUGGAUUUUGUGUAAGAUAAUCUUAUGGGUAGGUGGCUGGUUCUUGUUGAAGAUAAUGGGAGGCCUUGACCAAAAAAAGUCUCUUUUCUCUCUUCUUAAUUCAUGUAAUGUUGAAAAAUUGGGUACUCCAUAUUAUAAUAUGGCAAUGUAUUGAUUUUGGUUAUGGUGGUGUGUACAAGUCCAUUGGCAGAUAGUUGAAUCUA